AUGUCAAUAGCUCUGUCUUCUCCGAGCGAGAUGUCCAGGAACAAAAUUGAACCUGUAGCAAAUGAAGAGAGUGACACAAAAGUCAUACUGCAGUCAGACAGUGAUCAAUCCAGAAGCUCUGGGUUCUGUGGAUACCUCCUUACCUUCUUCUCCUUCCUCCUUGUCUUUCUUACUUUCCCUGUCUCGGUCUGGUUUUGUAUGAAGAUUGUCCAGGAAUAUGAAAGAGCAGUUAUUUUCAGAUUGGGGCAACUCCUAGGCGGUGCUAAAGGACCUGGUUUGUUCUGGAUUAUUCCAUGUGUGGACACAUUUAGAAAGGUUGAUUUAAGAACAGUGUCUUUUGACAUCCCUCCACAAGAGGUGCUGACCAAAGACUCUGUGACAAUCAUGGUCGACGCAGUGGUCUACUAUCGUGUCUUUAACCCCACUGUCUCUAUUACCAAAGUGGAGAAUGCUAAUCAUGCCACAAAGAUGCUUGCACAGACUACAUUACGAAACAUGCUGGGAACUAAGAGUCUGGCAGACAUCUUAAAAGACCGUGAGGAGAUGUCUGAACAGAUGGAGGCUGUGCUGUAUGCUGCAUCCAAGAACUGGGGUAUCAAAGUGGAACGGGUCGAGCUUAAAGACGUCAAACUGCCCACCACUUUGCAGAGAGCCAUGGCAGCUGAGGCCGAGGCCACCAGAGAUGCCAGAGCCAAGGUGAUCGCAGCAGAGGGAGAAAUGAAAGCCUCUCGUGCACUGAAGGAGGCAGCAGACGUGAUGUCACAGUCUCCGUCUGCGCUUCAACUGCGCUACAUGCAGACGCUGACUGAGAUUUCCUCAGAAAGGAACUCAACUAUUGUCUUUCCUCUUCCUAUUGAGUUUAUCUCUAGUUUCAUGAAAAGGUGACCUUAUAUAGGCAUGAUAUAUUAAUGUUCAGUUAUCACUUGUACAGUACAAUGUUUCUCUUUGCUUUAAAUAUAGGCAAACCUUAUUCUGGUUAUAUUACAGAUAUUUUGCACUUUGCAUGUUUUCUUACAUAUUUUUUAUUACAUGAAUAUCAUAAUCAUAAAUUAUCAAAUAAUAUGGCUAAACUAUGUUCUG